ACAUUCAGCCACACAGGACACACAUUUAUCAUCACCACUGCUGCUGACUGAAUGCAAGAGGAGGGGCGAGACUGAGAGAGGGACUGCAGGCCUUGCCAAAUAAAGCAAUGGGGACCUGGGCAGUGACGGCCCUUUCUACGCUAUAAAUACGCUGCUCUUCUGCCGGUUCGGGUUUGGUGCCCGGAGCUCCAGACCAUCGACCGCACCAGCCCGUCUCAGGAGACUCCCGUCUGCUCUCAGAUCUGCCGCUAUGCCUCGGGUGGAUGCUGACCUCAAACUGGACUUUAAAGAUGUCCUUUUCAGACCAAAGAGGAGCAGUUUGAAGAGCAGGUCUGAGGUUGACCUGCAGAGGACCUUCACAUUCCGAAACUCCAAGCAGACGUACAAUGGUAUCCCGAUCAUCGCUGCCAACAUGGACACCACUGGCACUUUUGAGAUGGCACAGGUGCUUAGCAAGCACACUCUCUUCACAGCCAUCCAGAAGCAUUACUCACUGGAGGAGUGGAAGAGUUUUGCUGCCAGUCAUCCAGAGUGCCUAGAGCAUGUAGCAGCCAGCUCAGGCAGUGGAGCAGCGGAUCUGGAGAAGCUGUCCGGCAUCCUGGAAGCGAUUCCACUCAUCAAGUACAUCUGUCUGGACGUAGCCAACGGAUACUCCGAACACUUUGUGGAGUUUGUUAAAAAAGUUCAUGAGAAGUUUCCUAACCAUACCAUUAUGGCGGGAAAUGUGGUGACAGGAGAGAUGGUAGAGGAGCUCAUUUUGUCUGGAGCUGAUAUCAUUAAAGUGGGCAUUGGGCCAGGUUCGGUGUGCACGACACGCAUUAAGACCGGUGUGGGUUAUCCCCAGCUGAGCGCUGUUAUCGAGUGUGCGGACUCAGCUCAUGGACUCAAAGGACACAUCAUCUCUGAUGGAGGCUGCAGCUGCCCGGGGGAUGUUGCCAAAGCUUUUGGUGCAGGGGCAGAUUUCGUCAUGCUGGGAGGGAUGUUAGCGGGACACGAUCAGUGCGCUGGUGAGGUCAUCGAGAAGGAUGGCAAGAAGUUCAAGUUGUUUUAUGGCAUGAGUUCAGACACAGCCAUGAAGAAGUACGUUGGAGGGGUAGCAGAAUACAGGGCGUCUGAGGGCAAGACAAUCCAGGUGCCCUACAAGGGCGAUGUAGAAAACACCAUCAGGGACGUCUUGGGCGGCUUGCGGUCCACCUGCACGUACGUAGGAGCUGCCAAACUCAAAGAACUGAGCCGCAGGACGACGUUCAUCAGGGUCACACAGCAGUCUAGCCAAAUGUUCACCUAGUAUUGUGUACUAAAGCAAGCACACAUAGCCAACUGUGUGUAUUCAUCAUUACCAGUUAAGAUGAGCAAGGGACCCAGAGUUCACUUCAAAUCUUUGAAUAAAUGGCAUAAUUGCAUUCUAGAAAGAAAAAACAGACAGACAGACAGGCAUAUACGACUUUUUCUGUGCUAUUUGGAUGCAUGUGUCUCUGUUAAUGAUUGACUAACUCCCUCAAAAACACUACUAUACACUUACAGUAUAUUAGUUACUAUAGAAAGACACAUUUUUACUGUUUUACUCAGGAACUUUGCUGUAUAGCCAUGUGCAUCUCCCAAAAAAAAAACCGAUGAUACUACAGCGUGACUUAGUUUGAUUUAUUUAAAACCUUGAAUUGAGUAUAAAACAAUCUGAUAGGAAAGCUGUUUAUGUGAAGACACUAAAAGAAUCGAUUCAUUCUUUCUAACUAUGCAACCGAUUCUUUACUUACAGUCUACUGAUCAGAUGAAGAUGAUGAUAGUGAAGUAUAUUCUCUUGUGUGUUGUUAUUAUUAUGGUGUGUUGUGUAAUGUUGGGAAGUAUAUCUUUGUGAAUGUACAUUGGGUGUGGUGGGAUGGCAGAUCUGAUCAUAGGAAUGUAAAACUGCUACACCUCAUUUGUUUAACACAAAGCCUUGAGCAGCCAUGUCGAAAGAAAAUACUAUAUUAAAUCUGUGAAAUGUAUAAAAAAUAAACAUAUGAAUGAGAAA